AUGUCGAGCCUUAAGAUUAACUUCGCCAAAAGUGAAGUGAUUGUUACUGGUGUGGAUGAAUCGGAAGCUGUGCGUGUGGCACAUCUUCUCAACUGUAAGUUGGGGUCCUUCCCGUUCAAAUACUUGGGCUUGCCAAUAUCCCCGGACGUGCUUCAUGCCAAAGAUUUUGCCCCGGUGGUCACAAAGGUGGGCAACAGGCCGUGGAAAUCAUUGACUAAGGUCGACGACCAACAGACGCUCUCUCUGCUGAUCUCCAAAGUCCGAGCUAUGGCGUCUCAGUUAUGCAACAAGAGCAGGAUAUACAUGUCUCCGGAGUAUGCCUACUCCGGCCAAGUCUCUACCAAGUCUGACAUGUACAUCUUUGGAGUCAUCGUUCUCGAGAUCGUGACUGGUCGGAGGAACAAUAGGCCACUAGAAGAUAAUAACACAGCCUCCAGAUCUCUGCUCAGAUACGUAUGGGAUAAGUGGAGCACAGGGACGACACAGGAGGCGGUGGAUCCUUCCCUGCGCAGACGUUACACCGUGGGCGAGGUGCUCAACUGCGUGCGGAUCGGGCUGCUGUGUGUUCAGGAGGACCCGAGCACCGGGCCGGACGCGGCGGAGGUGGUCCUCAUGCUCGACAGCCACUCCACAUCUAUCACCAUGCGGACUCCCUCCAGGCCGGCCUUGUGCUUCACACAGCCUGGCGUCCUUCAUCCGGCCCUGUACCCGGGCACCCGGGAUGCUAUGGCCAGCGGCCACCUGCCUACCCCCGGUUCAGACAAUGAAGUGACCAUCUCCGAUCUCCAGCCUAGGUAA